AGGAAAUCUAGCCAAUCAUUUUCAGCCAGCUGGCAACAAAAGUUGGAGAAUUCUUUAUGAGAGAGAGAGAGAUGCAAGGAAAAGGCCAAGGGGCAUAUGCUCUUGAAAUGAGGUGGUCUCAUGAAAUGCUUGUUUAUUAAGUUGAGAUCAGACACUGACAGCAUCGGAAGCUUCUCCUUCACAAACCUCUAAUUGUUUCUCUCUCUCAAAACUUGGUGACCACUCAGAGUUUAGGACAAAAGGCCUGAGAUGAAUGAGGUGAGAGAAACAAAUAAGACAGUUCACCAAGAAAAGGGCAACGAUGAGAGCCCAUCUUAUCAGCAUUUUCUUGAUCAUACCAUUGGUUGCAUCUUUCAGGGUUCACUUCCCUGGUGAGGAGAAAAACAGGAGAAUUUUGCACCAACCUUUGUUUCCAGCAAUUUCAGCACCACCACCCCAAUCUGAAUUAUUCCCACUGUCUCUGCCUCCGCCGCCUCCUGCUAAUGCAGAUUUUCCCGACGAGGACCAGCCAUUCUCCCAUGAGUUUCCGACAGGACCGAUGGUGGAUCAGGGCCAGCAACCACCACCGGCACCAGCAACUGUACCGGAAACUUUCACACCAGUGGCAUCAUAUCCAGUUGCCACUCAGCCGUCCAAGCCGUCAAAGAAAGUGGCAAUUGCAGCGACAUCAGGGAUUAUCACAUUGGGAAUGCUGUCGGCAUUGGCGUUCUAUAUGUACAAGAACCGUGUGAAACAUCCCAGUGAAUCAAGAAAGCUUGUAGAUGGAAAUUCAGAUAGGAUCAAUGAAGAAUCAAGAAUGCCACCAUCCACAUUCCUAUACACUGAGACAGCAGAGCCAUCCACCAGAAGUAUAGUAAAUGAGACAAGUAAUGAUAUUGCCAGUGGCUCACCAUAUCAAAAAUUGAACUCGGUAAAAAGAUGUGAUCUGUACAGACCAAGUCCCGACUUUCAGCCACUGCCACCACUGACGAAGCGCCCACCAGCCCCCACUACCAUAAACUCACCCCCACCAAUGUCAUCAUCGGAUGAUGAGAGGCAUGAAGCCAGCUUUCGCAUUCCACGAGGGACAUAUACGAGCAACGAGUCCCCUAUGUCACGCUACUGCUACUCAAGCAAUGAUACUUGCCAAGCCAACCAGGCCAGGCCAGAUAAUCUUGUUGCUAAUUCUGUACCUCAUUCCAAGAGAACCUCACCAAGAUCUCGAUUUUCAGCGUCAUCUCCUGAUACAACGCCUGUGAUGGUAACAUUCACCAAGCAAUCAUUACCGGUUUCACCACCCCUACCUCCUACAGCUUCCUUGGGGCUAGCGCAACAUAGCAAAGCACUAAAGUAUUCGCCUAAAAGGGCCAAAUUUUCAGCAUCACCUCCACCUCUGGAAACAGAACAGCGUCAAUCAACAAGCAACGGAGAGCAGCAGAUAUCUAAAAUUGCAAUUCCACCUCCUCCGCCACCUCCUCCACCACUGUCAAUACCAAGAAAAUAUGGCGCUGUGAAGACAUAUUCACCAUUACCAGUUUCCAAGCAACUGACAAGGCCAAAGUCAAAGAGUCCUAGCCCAAAAGCUGAGAAGACAAGGCCUGUUGAGGAAGUUAAUAAAGAUGCGAGUUCAUCAGAAAUAUUUGAUGGUGAAGACAAGGAUGGAUCAAGCUCCAGAAUGAAGCCUUUGCAUUGGGAUAAAGUACAAGCCACCUCAGACACAGCCACAGUUUGGGAUCAGUUAAAGUCAACCUCAUUCAAGUUGAAUGAGGAUGCAAUGGAGUCGCUAUUUGGAUGUAAUCCUAUGAAUUCAGUACCUAAAGUAGCAAGUAGGAAGUCGGUCCUACCGUCUCUUCACCUGGAGAAGAGAGUACUAGAUGCGAAGAAAUCCCAGAAUAUUGCUAUCUUAUUACGUGCAUUGAAUGUGACAAGGGAGGAGGUUUCUGAAGCACUUUUAGAUGGAAAUCCAGAAGGAUUGGGUCCAGAACUAUUUGAGACUUUAGUGAAGAUGGCACCGACCAAGGAGGAAGAGAUAAAGCUUAAGCAGUACAAUGAUGAAAGCUCUAAAUUAGGACCAGCAGAGCGAUUCCUCAAGGCAAUACUUGAUAUCCCAUUUGCCUUUAAAAGAGUGGAAGUGUUGCUGUACAGAGCAAACUUUGAUACAGAAGUAAAAUAUUUGAGAAAGUCCUUUCAGACCCUAGAGGAAGCCAGUGAAGAAUUGAAGAAUAGUCGCCUUUUCCUUAAACUCCUUGAAGCUGUUCUGAGGACAGGAAACCGCAUGAAUAAUGGCACUAAUCGUGGUGAUGCCAAAGCUUUUAAAUUGGAUACCUUGUUGAAACUAGUCGACAUAAAAGGAACAGAUGGUAAGACAACCUUACUUCACUUUGUGGUCCAAGAGAUUAUAAGGUCAGAAGGAGCAGGUGCCGACCCUACAAGUGAAACUCUGACGAAUAGAAGCAAUUUCAAGUUUAAUGAAGAGGAUUUUAAGAAGCAAGGGUUGCAAAUUGUAGCAGGGUUAAGUAAAGAGCUUGGCAAUGUUAAAAAGGCAGCGGGAAUGGACUCAGAUGUUUUGAGUAGCUACGUCUCCAAGCUGGAAAUGGGGCUUCAGAAAGUCAAACAGGCUAUGCAAUACGAGGAACAAGGCCCGCAAGGAGGCAAAUUUUUCGAUUCGAUGAAAGCAUUUCUGAAAGAGGCGGUUGAUGAAAUCUCUAGAGUUAAGGCUGAAGAAAGAAAAGCCUUGUCCCAGGUUAAAGAGGUAACACAGUAUUUCCAUGGAGAUGCUGCAAAGCAGGAGGCUCAUCCUCUAAGAAUUUUCAUGAUCAUACGAGAUUUUCUCUCCAUACUGGACAAUGUGUGCAAAGAUGUGGGGAGAAUGCAGGACAGAACAACAAUAGGUGCAGGAAGAUCAUUCCGAAUAUCGGCAACUGCACAACUCCCAGUUCUUAGCAGAUACAAUGUGCAGAAUGACAGAAGUUCUGAUGAUGAUAGCAUGUAAUUUUGGUAUGUACACAGGUGAACGACAUGAGGGACUCAUUCAAGAAGUGCCACUUCUACAGCAGGACAUGAAUCAAUCCGGAUGAACACAACAUCUUAACCCCUACUCUCGCUUUCAUAACUAGACAGCUCCAAUUACAUCAACUGAAAAAGAUACCCCAAAAUUUAUAGAAUCUACAGAAGAACAGAUAGGAAUUUUCAGCAAAGCAUAUAUUACAGUGUGAAGCAAGAGUGAUCAAAUAACAGCAAGAAUAAUAUAACAUAGAUAAAAUAGCGGCUGUCCGUGGGACUUCUUUGUUAACACUUUUUACCCAUAAGGACAACUCUCUUCGUCCAUCUCCAUUAUUCCCUUCCA